CGGGCUGUCAGUCACAAACAACACUUUGUUCCCCCGAAACAUGUUAUAAAACACACUCGAGUCACCCCAAACACACAUUUAAAUUGAACAGGAUACAGCGCGGCACAUUAGGCAGGAUGUUCUCAGGUCGCAUCCCCAUGAUGCACCACACCCGCCGGGGCACUGUGCCCAUGAGUGAUGAGCUGCGCAGUAUGAAGUCCGAGUCCCGAAAUGAGUCAAUUUUGUCAACUGAAUACAGGACGCGAAUAAUUUCCCGCACCUGGCUGCUGCUGCUGGACUACAAGCAGUACAAGGCAGCUCGCACCAUCCAGUCAAACUGGCGGGGAUUCUUCUACCGGAGGAGGUUCGAGAACAGGAGGAAGGCGGCCAUCACAAUCCAGCGCUGGUGGCGAGGGUUCUCGGUCAGGAACAACCACUACAGGUUUGUGGAGAACAUGUUGCAGAGGCGCCUGGUUGACCACUACCACCGAUCGGCCACCAAGAUCCAGGCUCUGUUCCGCGGCUGGCGGAGUCGCCUCACGAUCCACGACAACAGCAAGUUGCUCAGGCUGCAGGUCUGCGCCGCCGAGGACCUCCUCAACUGCGUGGCCUUCAAGUUGCACCACCUCCUCCGCACCUACGCCAUUCCCGGGGUCUAUUCGCUGAAGAACUCCAACUGCCUGUCGCGUGUGGAGAAACUGCUGGCCAGCCUGCACUUUCGGUUCCACAAUGGCAGGGAGAAGCUGCAAAUCGCCAAGUAUCUGGCCGACAGAAAGAAGGAUCAACGAAAUUUUAAGAAGAGUGAAAGGCUAAGUGACGUUCCCUUCAGGGGAGCCCGGUAUUGGAGCCAAUGCAAGCCAAAGUGCGAGGCCGCCCUGAAAUUGUCCAAGGACAUUGACAAGCGCAUGUUCAGGAUCAUUGAAAUGUACGAUGCCUCGCAGAGGGACGCCCAAGCGGCGUUGGCUCAGAAAAAUUUGGCAUACAAAAAGCAGAAGAAGCUCAUGAGCAACAUAAAGAAGUCGGCUGAGAGGAACAAGCGCGACUUCUGCGGCGAUGUUAUUGCCAGCAUGCGUCGCUGGAAAAUCCUGGUGGAAAACAACCUGAGCGUGGACAAAAACAUUUUUAGGAAACCCGAGAAUAUUGAGAAGUUCCUCGCCGAAAUAUCGGCCUACGGCCAAGAGUUCGAGAGCUGCACCUGCUACUGCCGCAUUCCCGUACUAACCGAAAUCUAUUGCGGCUAAACACGUUAAACGACACCUUCUGUAAAGCACUAUGUAAUACUUUUGUUAAUAAAAACCAUGUAAAGAACUCGAA